AUGAAGUGUUCGGCGGACCCAAGCGGUUGCCUUUCUGUCCAGACUCCAGCUAGCACGGGGAGCGAAACCUUUCCUGGGUAUGUUCCUUGGAGGCUAGAACUUCCUGGGUUCGCUCCUCGCCGGUUCUUCAGGAGCUCCAGGCGGCAGCCGAGGCCCGCCCAGUCCCUGUUUGUGAUUGUUGAUUCACUACUGGAACAAGAAUUCCUGAUCGCGGUUCGGCCGGGGUUCCAUCCACAGAAUAGUCCUUCUUCCAUUGCAUCGUCCGCGCCGGAAGGAGUGCCCGAACAGGGAUCCGGGCCUAUCGAAGACCCCGAAAAGACCCCGGGAAGCCUUUAUCGAAGCGAUCAGAAAGCAUCAGUAGGGAAGGCCGGAUCAUCUACAGAAUCCGAGAGGUCAGACGGGCUAAGACGCCUCUCAUCCGCUAAUUGA